GUUUUGACGCGUUCCCUUUGUUUGCUUUGUUUGAAAAUCAAAUGUCACAAACAACCGCUGUAGAACACAUUUCACUCAAGGAACUUCCACCACACGUAAUUUCAUACCUUUCAAGUUAUCCCCCUUCUGAAAGAUGCAAAAUUACAAAGAAACUUUUGGCUUAUGCCGUCAGCAAAAUAGAGCAAAAGUCUGAAAGUCUGCAAGAACCAAAUAGACAUUAUCAGCCAUCUGAUUGGUGGAGUCAUGAAGAAUAUAGAAGAAAAAAAAAGAAUAAAAAGUCUUCAGGAGUGCCAAUUGAAGACCGGUUCCCAAAGAGAAUGGUUGACGAAAUGACUCAGACGUCCGAUGCUUAUGUUCGUACUCCUGAAAAGAUGCCCAAAGGCACUCGUGGAUAUAAAAAGUUAUUUGCAGAACCUCCACGUCAUAAAUUGUUGGGGCAUAAGAAGCUGAUUGGUUCUGAAUUUGAAAAGACUACAGUUAUAUCAGUAAGUUCAUCAGCUGAACCUUCAAGUUCUGAUACAGAAAAUGAAGAUGAUGUUAUGGUUGAUAAUAUGCAUAAAAAGGAUCCUUUUUUCGUCGCUUCAAUUAAAAAAUCGGGGACGAAUUUUUUGAAGAAGCAACAACAAACAAAAAGAUUCGAGUUUUCGCCACGAUCACCUCCGACACCUCAGACUCCAACCCAAAUUUACAUUGUCAAACCUGAUAAACAUCAAUCGACACACUUAUUAAAACAUAAACGGACAGUAAAGUUAGCAAGUAAAAAUUCCUCGAAGGGUAAGGAUAAGGCUACCCCACGCAGUCCUCCAAAGGUUAAAUAUAAGACUACAGUCGAGAUUGCUGAUGAAUUUCUUGAGAGUACCUUCAUGGCUUACCUUGAACCUCCACCUAAGGAAGAUGAUGACUUGGAACGUAAUAAUGAUUUGGAAGAAAUCAUUUACAAAGCUAGACAAAAGGUAUCGGAAAAAAAUUAUUUACAUAACUAAUUUCAUUUAGAUUAGCAGAACAAUUUUUAUUGUUUAAAAACAAGUUGUUGCUUUGUAUAAACGUAAAAUAUCAAUUUUAAAGUCUAAUACAUUACAAUACUAUUACAAAAUUUGAUGUCGCCGAUCAAAAUUAUCUAACCAAUCAAAUCAAA